UCCCGGGUUGUGAGUCUGAACUCCACCUUGGAUGUAGAGAUUACUUACAAACAAACAAACUUAAAAAAAUAAAUUCAGUGGCUACACUGAAAGUGGUGUGCGUGUGUGUGUGUGUGUGUGUGUGUGUGUGUAGGUAGCUAAAUUCUGACCACUGUUUUAGACCCAGCCCUUCUACUCCAGGAAGUCUUUCAAAAACCUCUGCAGAUCUCUUAAUUUCCCAAAUUCCUGAGGAUGCUUAUUUAGCCUUUGUUCUGCGAUACUGCUGUGUACCUGGCUAGAUUUAGUUGGAAGAGUGGGCAGAAGGCACUGAACUCUCCUAGCGCCCCUUCAAGUACAAAUCCAAGCACAAAUCGCCGAGCCCCACCCAUUCCAGGGCCAGACGUUCAGACGUGUGCACAGCCCUCGACCGACACACACACAUACACACGCACACGCACACGCGCGCGCGGCUCUGCGCUGCUUUUCUGAGUGUUACGGCGCCCUUCGACCGCCCCCGCGCGGCGCGGGAGGGGACCCACCGGUUCCGCUCGGCGCUAGUCGCGGAGAAAGGAGGACCCCUGGGAACAAGAUCCCGCCGUCCGGUCUCCCAGCACUUUUAAGCGGUAGGCCCGCAUGGAGGGGACUGCGGAGUCCCAAUCGCCUGACCUUCGAGACGUGGAGGGCAAGGUGGGCAGGAAGACCCCUGAAGGGCUGCUCCGCGGGCUGCGAGGCGAAUGGGAGCCAGGAACCUCUGGCGCCCUGCUGCUCCCGGGGGCGCCCAACACGGGCCACGGCCUGGGGGACAAGAUCAUGGCGCUGAGGAUGGAGCUGGCUUACCUGCGAGCCAUCGAUGUGAAGAUCCUGCAGCAGCUGGUGACUUUGAAUGAGGGCAUCGAGGCUGUGCGCUGGCUGUUGGAGGAGCGGGGGACAUUGACCAGCCACUGCAGCAGCCUCACCAGCAGCCAAUAUAGUCUGACAGGCGGGAGUCCAGGUCGCUCAAGGCGAGGCAGCUGGGACAGCCUGCCAGACACCAGCUCCACUGACCGGCUGGACAGUGUCUCCAUCGGCAGUUUCCUAGACACGGUGGCCCCCAGCGAGAUGGAUGAACAGGGCCCCCCUGGGGCUCCCCGUCCUGAGAUGGACUGGGCAAAGGUUAUACCCAGUGGGGACAGGGCCAGGACUGAGGUGGACCUGACAGCCACCAGGCUAGGGAACUUGAGGGCUGUAUGGAAGCCCCCAGGGGAGGGGCUCCAAGGUGGACCUCCUGAACCACUAGAGGAUGAAAGUGUUAAGCUUGGCUUUGAGGCCCACUGGUAUUGGGGGCAGUGCCAGGAUGAUGUGACCUUCUUGUAAUAACUUUCCCGUCCUUUCAUAUUUCUAUAACUCUUUCAUCACUAGGUCCUGGUCUCCCUAGAAAUUUAUACUCCCUUAUUCUGGGUCUAGGAGGAGGCUGCAUUGAAAUCCAGUUACCGUGGAAACCUGGCCUUACCAUCCUUCUGGCCCCUAAGGAGGCUCUGCUUUUAUCCUUCAAUUAUUGGGACCCUAGAGCUAUUUACAUAGAUACAAUGACUCUAGAGGCUUGACCUGUAGCUUCUGGUGUGAUAGUAUCUCUUCCCCUUCCCCCUGCAACUAAGUAAGGAUUUGAGGGAUUUAGGACCCAUAGGAGAUCACUGAUGAAGAGUCUUGGCCCCUCUCUUGGCCAAGAUGGAGAAGUGUGGAGGGACAUGGACAUUCAGGGCCAACCUUCCAUGGAUUGGCCCUCCUAGAAGCCUCUGGGGUUGGUAGAACCAUCCCUUCCUGUCUGGUGAGUGAUGUCAUUUCCUGCCAGGAUGGAAUAGACUUUCCUCUGUACCAGUCUCUUAGUGGUGAUAGGGCAGUAUAGGGUUGCCUGAGCCCCUGCUGCUAAGUGAGACCACACCAUUUAUUCUCUAUACCGUUACUUCUUGCUAGGGGGAUCAUAUCACCCCUCCUGGUAGGAAAGCUUCUCACUGUCAGAUGUUUGUGUUCCUUUUCAGAAAGGUUCUUACUUUUUAAAUUGGGUGUUCUCAUUUUGUUCUAGGGGGUCUCACUUCCUCUGUGACCACAUCCCUAUCUGAUGCCAGUAUUCCUACAUCUGUGCUUUUAGGGAGGGAAAUUCAGGGGCCUCUACACACGGCUCUCAAAAGUUUGUUUGGCCUGCCCUGCCAGUCCCCUGUCUUACCCCUUCCCUGGGUUGCCCCCAUUUUUGUAUUCUGGCUCCAAAUCUGUCUGCCAGGAGGUUUAGCCUUUGUGUCUCCACACGUUCUCAGUUUCCACUUCCACUUCUUCAGGGCCUCUGGCCUUUUAUAUGCAGAUGAGUCCCCCAUCUACCCCCCUCUCUCCCCAUUGCUGAUGGGAAUCAGAGGGAGAAGAAGCUUGAAGAGCUCUGGGGGUGUAUCAUAAUUUCCAAAGAGGGGAGGUGUCUUCUCUGAUCCUGUGAUUUCCCUUCCCCCAUCCUGCCCCAGACCUUCUACCAUUUGGUCACAAGGAUGCCUGCCAGAGGCUGAGACACAAGAAAUCUCCUUGUCUGGGUUACAAUGGGAGUGUGGGGGUGUGGCAGGGAAAGACAGAGGCUCUUUGGUCCUAAGCCCCACAUCCUAUGAGGGGCAGAGAUAGAGGGGAAGGCUGCCUUCCUUCCUCCCUUAGAGCAAGCCCUAGACCCCUGGGACCUGAGGUGGGAGCAGGGAACUGGCUCUGAGCCUAGGUCCUAAGGCCCUAGUGAAUUACAGCAAAGAAGGAAUUCAAGGAAGCUGCCAACCUGGGGCCCAAGGAGAGGACAAGUGGGGGUAGUGGGGGGGGUGGUGCAGUUGUGAAAGAAGGGCUGUGGCUGAUGUCAGAGAAUGAAUUCUUGGAGAUUAACCCUUUGAACCCCAGCUAACUGCCUAUAUGUUGGUCUUUGUUUUUCCUGGGGCCUGAAACUAAUCAUUGGAAGGCAAAAAAGAGAGAAAAGGAUGUCAGGUGAUCCUUGCCUAUUUGCUGUGCCUUCCACCAUGGAGGAGGAGCUUCCCCAAGUGCUAUAAUAACUCCUGCAAUUUCUCUACCUUUUGUUCUAUGCUGGAGAAGGGAAAGAAGACAAGUUAAUCUCCACUUUCCCUAAAUUUCUCAAGUUUUGUUCUGCAACUCCCACCCCAGUCCUUUUGGGGCAAUGUGUUCAUUCCAUAGCUCCCCCCUAAGGACCCGCUCUUCUCCCAUCCCCUCAAAGUGAUCAAAAUCUCUAAAGCAUAUUCUUAGCCUUUCCUCCUUUGCUACUUACCAGCCCUCUCCUUAACACCUCUUCUGGUCUUGGGGCUCCUGACUUCCCCUUAGGGUGGCAGUUCAAAUGCCCUUCUCCAGUUCCUACUCUGUUGCCAUUUUGUAGCAUGCCUCGGGUAAACUCAUUUUUACUUAGAAGCUUUGUGUUCUUUUUUGAAGCUUACUUGUUUGGUUAGGCUACAAACUUCUGAGCUGAAGAGGGUGUGCGCCCUCUUGUGGCCAUUGUGUGCCAUAGCCGGGGUAGCUGCCUAGAAUCUCAAAGCUCAAGUAUAGCUUUACAGAACACUGGACCUUCAGUGCACAGACAAGCUAGAGAGACAGGCCUAGAGAGGGCAGAGAUUUGCCCAGUGUCACCCAUUGUGGAUCCAAGGCAAGACUCUAGAGAACCCAGAUUUCUUGCCUGUCUGCCCACAGUGCCGUCACUUGGCUAGACUGUUCCCCCAUUCCACCCAGUUAACACCACCCAAAGGACAGAAAGCAAUUUUUCCUUGUGUUAAUAUUUAGGUUCUUAAUCCUAUUCUAGAGAGGCAGCUCAGGGUUUAGAGAAAGUGCUAUAGGCUCUGAGGAAAGAGAACCUUGGACCUUGACUAGGUAAAAGCUGCAUGAAUCUGGACUGCAGAUAUAAGAAAAAUCAUCCUGGACAAACCCUUUUCCUAGGGAGGGCCAGUAGGCCCAGACAUUAUGGAGGGAGAGCUCAGCAUUUCAGACCUGGACGUUAGAAGUAAGGUGGGGGUGGGGAGCUUUGAAAUUAGGAAAUCCGGAUGGAUCCUAUGGAGUUGGGGAGCUCCGCAGGUCUAGGGAGUACAGCACAGUUGGAUAGGUACAACUGGGUAAAGGCAGAGAUGAGACUGCUCCUGGAAGCUGAAAAAACAAUGCCCGGGAGGGUAAAGGGUGGUGCUGACAGGAUGAGCCCGUUGAGGAGUUAUGAGACCUUGGGAGUGGGCAAGUGUAAGAGCCUGCAUUUAGGAUGGAGCAGUAAGGUUGAGUAUUGGACUGAUUGGAAGCUCGGUGGCAGCUUAGAUGAGAAAUGCUUGGAGCUUGUAACAGACAGGCUCGCUGUGUGUAUGGGUUCCAGGCACUACUUGGUGUUCAGUGACACCUGUUGAAUGAAUGGAAGAACGAAUGUGUGUAAACCCACAAGGAGAUAUGACUUGUUUUUUAAAAAGUAGCUAAUUAGGUCAUAGUAGGUAAUAUAAAUAUUAUUGUAUUUAAUUCUUAGCAACCCUCUAAAUAAUGCAUUAUUAAUCAUGUAUUGUUGCUUAGAUAUAUGUUCAUGGUGAGAUAGGUAAUAAAUCAACUAUAAUAGGAACCUGGGUCA